AUGGUAGUUAAUAGCAGCAAUAAUAUAAAUUUAUUUGUACAAUUACCACAUACAUUAUUAACGAGAAUCACCAAUGAAUUAAGAGACAACAUUGACAGAAUCUGUUUUAGUUUGGUCUGUAAACGAUGGUUCGAUGAAAGAGAUAGAUAUCUGUUGUUCAACAUUGAUAAUCAUAUUAAACAACGUUAUCUAAAUGAUGAUGAUUAUAGCUCGCCAUUAUUCUUUACGAAAUCAUACAAAUCAAUCUAUAUCAAAUCAUUAGAAUUCAACAAUAACAACAAGAAUAACUGUAUUCUUUAUAUUGGUGAUCUCGAUGAGUAUCAAAGAAGUCAUUAUUACGAUAGAAUAAAGAAUCCAAUCAUUGAAUUUGAUUAUUUUAUAGAUUACAAAUUAUUGAACACAAUUGAUAAGAUACCAAGUAAUGUUACCAAUGUUGUAUUAAAUGUAUUUAAUAAGUUGAAUCAAGAUGAUUCCAAACAUUUGUAUAAGAUAUUGUCACAAUCAAAUGUUACACAACUCGAUGGAUGUAAUACAGUUGUGCACCAACUUCCACCACGACUUGUCAAAUUGACAUUCGACAAUCAAUUCAAUGAAUCUUUGUCUGUUGGUUGUUUCCCUUCUACUUUGAAAGAGAUUGCUUUUGGCUAUUACUUUAGUAGACCCAUCCACAAAGGUGUAUUUCUCGAAGGUCUGGAGAAGCUUGUUUUAGGCUCGAUUUUUAACGAGACAAUUGAAAACUCUGCCAAUGUAUUUCCAUCGACUCUAAAGUAUCUGAGUGUUGGUUGUUACUCUCAUGAUCCACAUACCAAUUUGUUCCCACCAAAUUUAGAGAUCCUAGAGUACAGUGAAUAUAAUAGAGCAUUCAUCGAUGGAAUGUUGCCAGAUUCCUUACACACCAUCAUCCAUAUGCCAUAUCGAUGGAUUCCGCACAUUGGAAACCUACCAAAUCUUAAACAUCUGGUGAAUGUUGCUGACGAGGAUGAAGACCAAGAUGUUGCCGACGAUGUAUAUGAUUAUACAGUUAAAGAGUUGGAUCUAAGUACGAUUCCAGAAGGAAUCGAGACAGUGAUUAUUGGCAAUCCAGAGUAUGAUUCGCAUCACAAUGUAUAUCCAGUAUACAGAUUGAAUGGAGCACUUCCAAAUUCGGUGGAAACAUUCUAUACCGGAUCAAGUUACUAUCAAUUCGACACAAUCUUUCCAUCGGAUAGACAAUACCACUUUAAAGAGUUGACACUCAGUGCUCAUGGAGAUACCAAACCAAUUCCAACCAAUGUUCAAGCCAAGAAACUCUGUUUAUCAAACUACUACAAAAGAGUUUUCAACGAAGGAGAUCUUCCAGCUGGCAUUGAAAUUCUUGACUUCAAAUAUUGCAAGCAAAUAGAAUUCAAAUCGAGCCGUUCACUCCCAGAUUCCAUUAAAGAGAUCGUUGUUUAUAACCAGACUCUAAACGAUCUACAUAUUCCAGGCAAUUCGAAAACGUCAAACACUAGAUCUCUGGAGUGUAUAACAUUUAUUAAUGACUGUAUACUGAACUUGAAGAGAGGUGUAAAGAUACCGGAAUCAAUUCGAACACUAAACACAGUGUUUGAUGCAACCAACUUUCCAUACAUUCCAACAACACUCACCAAUAUCAACUUUACCAACAGUAUCAAAUCUGUAUCAGACAAUAUCGACUGUCAAGUGAGGAAAUUAGAUAGUAAAUACUAUUUAAUGUUUGGAACAACCAACAGAAUCAAUUUCAUUUCAACAAUUUUCAAUCAAUCAAUGUUUAAUAGCUCAUUAGUCAAGAAAAUAGAGUCAAGAAGCAAACCAAAUCAAAAAGUAACUACUUCAUCAUCAAGUGGUUGCCAAAUUCAAUAA